AUGAUUUACAAGGUAUUCGAGAUUCUUUGUUCUUUCGGGGUUUCUAAUGUGAAAAAAGCAUUGAUAUUCACAUCUAACAGAGCUCACACUGAAGAUGAAGACUAUUUCGAGAAGCUUGCAGUAGCCAUGGAUUUAUUCACCCAUACUUGGUCACUAUCGGUUGAGAUUCAAUUUUAUUUCAUUGUUCCAUUCAUUUUCUUAAUUGGUCAUCAAUUAAAAGGGGGAUCGAAAGACAUUUAUUAUGCAUGUCUUUCUAUUUUAUCAUUAGCCUACCACGCCGCUUCUCCAACUUCCAUUGCUUUUAACAGUGUUUUUGCAAGAAUUUGGCAGUUUUCAGUUGGAAUGAUAACUUACUUUAUUGCCGAUGCCCGGAAAAGCAAUUCAGUUUUCUAUGAGCCAUUGGAAACUGUGGAGACUGAAACUGAGCAGUUAUUAGAAGAGAAUGAAAAUGUCAGAAAAUCAGAAGGAUCGGAAAAAAGUCUUUGGGUGAAAAGUAUUGCUCUAGUUGUAUCAGUUAUGAUGAUGUUGGCCCCUAAUGAAAUUAUUCCAGUUGGAGCGAGAGAUAUAUCCUAUGCACUUUAUCUGAUUCAUUGGCCAAUUUAUGCCUACUUCAAACUGACGUAUCCUGAAAACACAUGGAUUCUUACAUCAGCACUUAUAAUAUCGAUUCUUUUGGCAAUACUGGUUCAUCAUACCUACGAACGAUGGUAUUUAAGACAAUCGAACAAUAUGAUUGUAAUUUUGGUAAUUAUUUUAUUUUCUGUAAAUGCAAAUUGUAUCAACUGGGAUCAAAUUCAAGAGUGUUUGGAUAGAACUGAUCCUGUAUUAUCUUGUAGAAAAUAUCCAAGAUUGGACGGAGUGACACCAAAAAUGACAUUCGACGACGCCAAAAGAUUGAAUAAACAUUGGAACUAUCGCGAUAUCCGAGAUCCUAAGCUCUUAGAAGCUGGAUGUGUUCAUAAAUUUUCGAAUGAAAACUGGUGUGAGUAUCCGGGUAAUGGAACUGAGUACAAAAUAGCUAUCCUGGGAAGUAGCUAUGCUCGAAAUCACUAUAAAUUGAUUAUUCAAGAGUGUAGACAUCGCGCUACUACUUUCGCAACGGCUGAUGUCAUGGGUUGUGAGCCGCUUGCUGCUCCUCAUAGACCAGUGGAAAAUGUCGUUUCUGCACAACUCUGGGCACCCGAUUGUGUCAAACAUCUGAAUAUGUUUGUGGACUUCCUGAAUACAACUCAACCGGAUUACGCAUUUAUCAUGUCGAGAUUUUUCGCCGUAGCAGAACCAUAUGACAAUGGACCAGAUCACUUAAAUAAUGAUGCAGUGUACUUGGAAAUGAAGAGCCAAUUGAAGAAAAUGCUUCCUAAUAUCAAAAAGAAGUUGUUCAUUCUGGAUUCGUUUCCAAGAAUUUGGUGGGGGGAAAUUGAAAAUAUUGCUGAUGGAAUAAAAGAAGGAAAGAAAACAAUGGAAGAAAUCAAUAAAUCGUUAUACGAUCCGUUCAAUUAUGAAAGAGGACGUCAUCGUCACUCCAGAUUGGUGAAGAAUGAAUGUGGAUCGAAAUGCGAGUUGAUUGAUUACGUAGAUGCAUUCUGGAACAAAACAAUGAAUGCGUUCCAGUAUUUUGAUACUAAAGGAUUUACAUAUUUCACAGGUAUCAAUCAUGUAUCAGCUCAUGGACUGGAACACGUUCGACCGAUAUACAACAAAAUUUGUUCUUAUUUGUAG